CUGGCUGAGAAAGCCAUGGAACCUGCCGUCAAAUACAUCAACAAGAAAUUCCCCAACAUAGACUUCAGAGCAAGCAUUCAAGCCCUGGGCAGUAUUCAAAAACAGAAGUCAGCCGUGAUGGACGGGCUAAGCAGUUUUUACGACUCUUUCAUCGACGUCAUGGAGUUCAGGGAUCAUGUCUAUGAACUGCUUAACACGAUAGAUGCAUGCCAAUGCUUCUUUAACAUUGCAGUGAACUUCGACUUCACUAAAAACUACCUGGACCUGAUCACCACCUACGCCUCAGUCAUUCUCAUGCUGGGCCGAGUUGAUGACAGAAAGGCGCUGGUGGGGAUGUACAACUGUGCCCAUGAGAUGUCCAACGGGAGCAGUGACCCCUCCUACCCUCGGCUUGGACAGAUGUUUGUGGAGUAUGAUCACCCUCUGAAGAAGCUGACUGAGGAGUUUGGGCCUCAUACUAAGGCGGUGACAGAGGCCCUGCUCUCGCUGCAGCUGGUGUACCCGCGGAGGAACCUGCCAGCUGAACAAUGGCGCAGUGCCCAGCUCCUCAGUCUCCUCAGUGCCCCCGCUAACAUGUUAAGCCCUGCCUGCUGUGAAACUAUGGCAUGUGAAUAUCUCUCUAUGGAAGUGAUGGAGCGCUGGAUCAUCAUUGGUUUCCUGCUGUGCCACAACAGUCUGAACACCAACCAGGCGUCUCAGGAGCUGUGGAAGAUGGGACUACGCAGUGGACUCUACAUCACUCUGGUCAGAGACGAGAUCCUUCAGAUACACAAGGUCUCAGAGGAUCACUUUGACAAUAUGAAGGGAUAUAGUAAACGGAUUGCAGACAUCAAAGAGUGUAAGGAGCACAUUAUUGCAAACUGUGGAGCGAUGCACAGAGAGAGACGAAUCUUCCUGAGACACGCACUGAAGGAGCUGACUAAGGUCUUGGAGGACGAACCAGGCCUGCUUGGGCCGAAAGCCCUGUUUGUGUUCAUGGCUCUGUCGUUCUCCCGUGACGAGGUCCUUUGGCUGGUCCGUCACUCAGAGAACAUCCCUAAAACUAAGACUCCAGAGGAUUACACUGACACGCAUAUGGCAGAGUUACUGUUCUACAUGGAGAAGCUUCGCGGUCUUCUGGGUCGCCAUAAAUACGUCAUUCAGCGUUACCACUUACAAUACCUGGCCCAGUUUGACGCACUGGCACUGAACGACACCAUCCAGAGUAUGUAUGUCUGCCCUGAGGAAGAGUCUGUGCUGAUGAGUUCCUUUGUCUCUGCCUUGUCUGCCAUGACACUCAAACAGCUGGAGAACGGAGAUGAAUUUGAUUUCAGGUCCCUGAGAUUGGACUGGUUGAGAUUACAGGCCUACACUAGUGUGGCCAAAGCCACGCUGGCUCUGAAAGAGUACCCGGAUCUGGCCAAGCUCAUGAACCUGAUCCAGUUCCACACCAAGAUGAUGGACAAUAUGGACAACCUCCUGUUUGAGACCGCUGACCUCUCCAUCCUCGGGUUCUAUCCACGUGUGUUUGAGAAGAUGUUCUCACAGAGCAGUGAGGAGACAUCCAUGCAGCGGUACCUUAUGGCCUUUCCCAUGGUCUGUGCUCACUUCAGCCAGGCCACACAUCCAAUGUGUCCUGAAGAGACCGACCUAUUAGAGAAGAAAACCAUUAAGUUGUGCGUGACCUUCCUGGAGGAGAUAGCUCGACAGACCAGUUCAGUUAUCCUGGAGAUAUGUGCUGAGCAGUGUAACCUGGAGGAGCAGCUGUUGCCCAAACACAGUGCUCAGACCAUAAGCACAGCGCGUAAUAAAAAGCUGAAGAAGCCGGUGCCAAAGAAAGGCGAGAUGCCCAAAGAAAAGCCUGGAACAGAGAGCCAGAGGAAGGACAGAUUCAUCGUCACAAAUAUGGAUAAGAUGCAUCUGACGCUGACAGAGCUGUGUGCUUCCUUCAGUCACGGCUCAGACAUCACUGUGUUCAAGCACAUUAUCGUCCCCUCUGAGUUCCUGCUCUCACAGCUGGAGACCCGACUGGCCAAGAUCAUUGUACAGAUGGCUAAUUAUAACCAGACCACCCAGGAUAUUAUUCGUCCAUCAGAGCUUCUGGCCGGGAUCCGGGCCUACACAGCUGGCCUUCACACUCUGAGUUCUUACAUUAGCGUGGACGUCACCAGGCUGGUAAAGAACGUUCUCCUGCAGCAGACGCAGCCGCUCGACUCUUAUGGAGCGCAGACCAUCACCACACUCUACACCAACUGGUACUUGGAGGGCCUUUUGCGUCAGGCUAGCAAUGCGGUAAUCAUCCACUGUCCCACGAUGCACUGCUUUGUCAACCAGAAUGCUGAGAAUGAGCAAGCCUUCCGGGCUGAGGAGUACUCAGACGUUGCCGAGUUACGUGCCCUGGCAGACCUGAUUGGUCCGUACGGCCUGAAGUUUCUGAGUGAGAAUCUGAUGUGGCACAUUACCUCUCAGGUUGGAGAGCUAAAGAAACUUGUCAUAGAAAACAUGGACAUCUUGGUGCAGAUGAGAGCCAACUUUGAUAAACCAGAGGUGAUGGCCGGUCUUCAGAGGAGACUGACAGCGUCUGAAAACGUACUGAAAAGAAUGACAAUCAUUGGUGUAAUUCUGUCCUUCAGAAAAAUGGCACAAGACGCACUGGGGGAUAUCAUGCACAGGCACUGCCCGUUUCUCAUGGGACCAAUCGAGUGCUUAAGGGACUUUGUCACCCCUGACACAGACAUUAAGGACACACUCAGUGUGUUUGAACUGGCAUCCACAGCUGGUUUGUCAUGUGACAUAGAUCCUGCCCUGGUCACAGCCAUAGCAAACAUGCGCACAGACAAUUCAUCCAGUGAAGAGGAAGUCAAACUAGCCUGUCUGCUGCUAAUCUAUAUCGCUGUAUCUCUGCCCAUUCUAGCGCUGGACGAAAACUCUUUUUACAGCCGAGAAAAUGGAGGCCACCGUAACAACAUUCAUUGUUUGGCCACAGCCAUCAACCAGGUGGCUGCCGCCAUGUUCACCGUUCUGAACAAGAACAUUGAGCAGCAUUUGAAAGAGUUCCUUCUGGUGGCGUCCUCUACCCUGCUGCAGCUGGGUCAGAGCGUGGAGAGAACAGAGAUCAAGAACAGAGACUCGGUUUAUCUCCUCUUACACAUGAUAGUGGAGGAGUCGCCCUUUUUGAGCCAAAACAUGUUGGAGAGCUGUUUCCCUUAUGUGCUUCUGCGCAAUGCUUACAGGGAGGUUUUCAAAACCUCUAUUUAUACACUGGGCUAA